AGUGGGUGCUGAGCGACUAGAGGCUGUGGGCUUAGAUUUGAGGUCUGAGGACUGAGGGAGGGAGAAUCUUAAAGUAUUUGGUUUGAUGGAGGAAGGCCCGGCUUAGGAGCCCCGGGUCUGAGGGAGGAGGGCCCAGGUGGAAAGAGGUUCCGAGGGAACACUAAGAGAGACAAGCCAAUUUGGAAUGGCAGCAGGAGCGCGGUAUGCUGGGAAGGUAGUGGUUGUGACUGGAGGUGCCCGAGGAAUUGGUGCUGGCAUCGUGAAAGCCUUUGUGGACAGUGGGGCUCAAGUGGUUUUCUGUGACAAGGAUGAGUUGGGGGGCCGGGCUCUGGAGAAGGACAUCCCUGGCAGUGUCUUUAUCCCCUGCGACGUGACUCAGGAAGGGGAUUUGCAGACUCUGGUUUCAGAGACCAUCUUUCGAUUUGGACACCUGGAUUGUGUGGUCAACAACGCUGGCUCCCACCCACCCGCACAGUGGCCAGAGGAGACCUCCAUACAUGGCUUCCGCCAGCUGCUGGAACUGAACCUACUGGCGAUCUAUACGUUGACCAAGCUCACCCUUCCUCACCUGCGGAAGAGCAGAGGCAACAUCAUCAACAUCUCCAGUUUGGUAGGCACCAUUGGCCAGUCCCAAGCGGUUUCUUAUGUGGCCACUAAGGGGGCAGUGACAGCCAUGACCAAAGCCUUUGCCUUAGAUGAGAGCCAAUAUGGUGUUCGCAUCAACUGUAUAUCCCCAGGAAACAUCUGGACCCCACUGUGGGAGGAACUGGCUGCUUCAACACCAGACCCUAGUGCCACCAUCCAAGAAGGCACAUUGGCCCAGCCCCUGGGCCGCAUGGGCCAGCCAGAUGAGGUGGGUGCUGCAGCUGUGUUCCUGGCAUCCGAAGCCACCUUCUGUACAGGCCUUGAGCUCCUUGUGACAGGGGGUGCAGAGCUGGGGUAUGGGCGUAAGGCCAGUCCAGGCACCCCUGUGGCCAUCCCCACUCUCACCCCAUGAUUUCUCAAAUUUCCCCCACCGCCACUGCCACCCCUGAUUAUUAUCAUUUUGGAAGUUUAAGAAAGAUUUAGUCUGGGCUAGAAUUAGAGCCUACCUUGAAAAUAAAAUAAAUAAACAAAUAAAUAAAGAUUUGUUUUGCUGGG